AUUGCCCCUCAAGCUCCAUAACUCCAAUUCAGUUCUUGUCCGCUAGUAGUCGUAGUGAUAUGGAGUAUAUUUCUGAUCCUUCGUUUUUUUUAAAAAAAAAACACUCUUUUCUAGGUAAUAAUUCAAUACGAAUCUACGAUAUAAGAGAUAAGAAAAAAUCAAGCAAAGCUUUCUCAUACACAGCUCAAGGAUCUUCCCACAUGGGUUCUCUUGACUUGCCUCACGCUUCAUCGUUCAAGGGGGGAAGCGAAAUAUUUCUUAGGAAUGUGUUCGAAAAUAUAUUGAAAACGUAUCUUAGAAAGAAUCCGACCGCGAAGACGAUAUGGAAACUAGUUCAGUCAGUGGACAACGAGAAGAUCUGUUACGACCACUUCACUUUCAGGACAUUUAAGGUAGAUGGUUACGGAAUUGAUUCCUUGUCGAGUUUUUUCAUGGAUUAUGGAUAUAAAAUUGGAGGCGGACUUGACUUUCCAAAGAAGAAACUACGAGUUCUCUGGUUUUCUCCUCCUGAUGUUCACGUCCCUAAUGACGGUCACGGUCUAGCCAACGGCCCUUUGCCACGACUAGUUAUAGCCGAGCUUCUUGUGGACGAACUAAGCUUUGAAUCACAAGAGAUAGUAAGGAGGUAUUUGAUACCAGAAGGUGGUAAGCAAGCGGUUCUUUCAAGUACUUUGGGAUCUUUAAUAUGGGAGAAGCCUACAUGGACCGACUUCAAGCAACUUGCAAAAACUAAACUAGUGUGA